AUGUCUUUUCAGAGCAAUAGUCUAAAAACCACUGGAGAAGUGGCUUUGAAAACCAUCUUUCUCUUCCAGUUUGGGGUUGGGACUCUGGCCAAUGUCAUUCUCUUCUUCUGUAAUGUCUCCACAGUUGUGCUUGGCCUUGGAUGGAGGCCCACACACGUGAUUCUCACCCACUUGGCCUUGGCCAACUCCCUGGUUCUUCUUUCCACCGGAAUUCCCCACAUCAUGGCAGCGUUUGUUCAUAGGAACCCCCUGUCCAGUCUUGGAUGUAAACUUGUGUAUUAUAUUCAGAUCUUAGCUCAUAGCACCACCCUGUGCUCCACCUGUGUCCUGAGUGUCUAUCAGUUUGUUACUCUCACCACUGGCAGGCCAACAGUGAGAAAAGGAGCCCCCAGAGAUGUUUUUUUUUUCUGUAGCAUCUGCUGGAUGUUCAGUGCCUUCAUGAAUAUCUAUAUUCCCUUUAGAGUCACUGGGCCACAAAGCACAAGCAACUAUUCUGAUGCCCAAGACAGGUGGUUCUGCUCGUCCUUGAGGCCUGCCAAGAGCUUUAUCAUCAUGUGGUUCAUCUCUGAUGCCUCGUUCAUCGGCCUCAUGAGCUGGGCCAGUGGCUCCAUGGUGCUUCUCCUGCAGAGACACCGUCAGAAACUGUGGCACAUCCACACCCCCCGCUGUAACCAUAAAUGCCCCCCUGAGACCAGAGCCACCCACACCAUCCUGAUGCUGGUGGUCGCCUUUGUCACCCUUUACAUCCUGAAUUCUAGCUUUGCUUUCUAUGCCAUGGUGCUCGUGAACUCGCAUCAAUGGCUGAUGCGCACCUCUCACAUUCUGGCUUCAUGUUUUCCG